CGGACGAUCAAUCUCAACCCCAAAUUUUAGAUGCUCAGUGGUUACAAAACAAUCAACUCCAAGUCACUAUAGAAUCACCAACUCAUGAUGAUUUUUGCUACAAUCUUGCACCUAACGCAGUUGGCCAUUUCACUUAUGAUGACCAUAAUGGUCAUUCUUAUAGGUUUUCAAAGCAUGCAAUAUUUGUCAAUGGUUAUGAUUAUAAGUAUUUUCAUGACCCGGACUGCACAACCUAUACUGGAAGUAACCCAUAUAAUUAUAUUGUUAGUUAUGAUCCUAAGAAAAAACCUCCAUCAGGUGCAACUGUAGAUAUUAGACUUUCAAUUUAUUGGGAUUGUGGUGGAGACGGAAGUGUUGAAUCUCUUUGGUGCCCCAGUUGUGAUGUUAAGUUUAAUUCAAAA